UUAUCGAUUGCUUACCCAUUUGGGAGCGCCAGUCUCCUGGCAACAGCCCAUCAUUGCGCCAAUCAAUCGGCGAGUGAUUUGGUCAGUAGUUGGGUAUUCACCCAUUGUUUCAAACGGUGCGGCGAUUGCGUAAGGGUAGCAGGACAUGUCGAAGGCCAAAUCCAUCCUUGCUGUGGACAAGGAGCAGGAGCUGCUGCAGAGCUUUCUGCGCACAGGAGCGGCGGCGGAGGAGGAGUCGCAGGACGAGGCAGGCAGGCGCUCCAAGGGUCGGUCCCACAAGCCGCCCAUCUGGGAGCGGCGCGAGUCCACGGAUCGCGGGGGGCGGGGUGGCGGACGGGAUGGCAAGCAGGCGGACGACGGAGGAGCUGGCGGAGGCGACGGCCAGGGUGGCAAGCGGGGCAACCGCAUCGAGGCCGAGCUGCGGGCCGCCCGCAAGCGGAUCGAGGAGCAGAUCGCCAAGAAGAAGAAGCCCAAGGAGAACUUCGUCGACUUCUACACGGACAAGGACCGGGCGGCGGCGGUCAGCGCCGGCGCCUUCGACAUCAAGCAGAGUCUGCAGAUCAAGCAGAAGCAGGACCGCAACGAGGCCCUGCUCAUCCCCGACGAGGCGGACAUCAGUUCGGUGAUCGCCCUGGGCCUCAAGGAGAUCAAGAACGCCAAUCCCGAGAAUGCCAUCCACUUUUUCUGCAAGGCACUGGAGCUAAAUAGCACCGACAUCAACGCUUUGAUUUCGCGCAGCAAGUGCUACCUUUUGCUGGGCGAGGCUUCCAAGGCGCUCCAGGAUGCGGAGACGGCGCUUGGGGAGGACAAGAACAACAUCCGGGCCAUCUACCAGAAGGCCGAGUCGCUCUACUACCUGGGCCAGUUCGAGCAGAGCCUGAUGUUCUUCCACCGCGGCCUGAGGGCCCGUCCGGAACUGGCCCUGUUCCGGCUGGGCGUCCAAAAGACGCAAGAGGCCAUAGAGAACACGAUCGGCAGCAAGCCCGGUUGGUGGCAGGCAGCGCCUUCCGCCUCCGCUCCCAAGAGCGGCAAGGCACGGAAGUCCGGAGAGGAGACGCCAAAGUCGCAGGCAGCUGGCGCCAGGAUACGCCAGAAGCCCAGUCGAGUGGACCUGGAGCGGCGCAACGCCCGCAAGCUGCUGGGCGAACUGUGCGUGGACAAGGAGUACCUGGAGAAGCUCCUGCUGCAUCCGGACCUGGUCCGGGCGGACACCCACACGGAGAGUAUUUCGGCAUACGCCCGCGAGGCGGUGGAGUUCCUCAACAAACGGCAGGAGUUCUGGCGCCAACAGCGACCUUGCACGGCGCUGCCCAACCACAAGAAUCUGCCGCAUGACGCCCUGCCCAAGUGGUUCUAGAGGUUCUAUAGGCUUCGAUGUUAAGUUUUUGUUUGAGUUGAGCCCACUUGAUGAGCUAAA